AUGGUCCAGGCUCACAACAGCCCCGGAAGAGGCAGAGGUGCCUAUUUUAAGGCCAAGUAUGCUGGUAGAGGUGGACGCGGAGGCGGUGUUACUGGUGCUGAACAUCAACCACAAUCCUCGGUUGCGCAACCAUCCAGCUCAUCUCCUUCUCCUUGGACACAAUUGUCGCAAACCCUAGACUCGAUCGAUGGACAGCAGUACGGCUCGUACAAACGCCUACAAAAUGCACGUUUCCGGCAUGUCUCGCCAGACUUUACGCUAGCAAUCAACCACGUUCAAGCGGAUGCAUACGCGUCGCCAUCAAAGAUCAGUGUUCGUAUGGACUGGAAAACCACCGGCUUCCCAGACGAAUAUGCUACAUCAGACAUUCGUCAGAUCGCGUUGGCCGAUUAUCUUUCCAGGGCUGCCGCUGCCUUCAUUCGUAGCAAGCACAUGGACCAAUCGGUAGGUUCUGGUAAAUCUGGCUGGUCGGGUCCUAAAGGUGGAGCUUUCAACAUCAACAGUCCUGCCCAAGAGGUUCUGCCCCGCACCAGUGCCCUGAUCAUCCCUGGUGGAGGAAAUGACAUCGAGAUGCGAUUCACAGUCUCACUGCCUGCGCGUGGCCGUACCAUCCUUGGUGGCGAGGCAAAGACAAUUCUCUGCACCAAUCUACCAGAACUAAUCAAGCAGACUAUGCUUUACUCAGCGCAUGUAGCUAAAGAGCUGGAGGCCCACAUCCACUGUGUAGAAGAUCAGGCAUACAUGCGAUCUCAACUUGAAGCUAAGGGCUUGGUUGCUUUCGUUGGUAAUGGUUCCAUCUUACCAAGAGCCAGCGGCGCUUCUGCCCGCGGUAUGACAGGGAAGCAUGUGGUCCCAUUUGAGUCGCCACCCGAGCUAGAGGUUGCUUUGAAACGCAAGCAUGGCUCCAAAGUUCAUGGCACGGGUGUCCCCAAAGGCAUCACCCUCCUGACUGGUGGCGGCUACCACGGCAAGUCGACUCUCCUUGAGGCUCUUCAAUUCGGUAUAUACAAUUACGUCCCUGGCGACGGUCGUGAGCUGGUAGUGACGAAUUCGUCUGCAAUGAAGGUACGCGCCGAGGAUGGUCGCAGUGUCACGGGUACCAACAUCAGCGCCUUCAUCAAGAAUCUACCAGGCAAGAGAGAUACCGAGGCAUUUACCACCGAUGAUGCCAGUGGUUCAACAUCCAUGGCAGCCAAUAUCCAAGAAGCCCUCGAACUAGGAGCUCAAGUCAUCAUGGUCGAUGAGGAUACCUCUGCGACUAACCUUCUCGUUAGAGAUGAACGCAUGCAGAUGCUUGUCAAGAACGAGCCGAUCACACCUCUCGUAUCCAAAGUGCGUGCUCUCUACGAGAAGCAUGGUGUCAGUACUAUCAUCGUAGUCGGUGGACUAGGUGAUUGGCUCGACGUCGCCGAUAAUGUGGUUGGCAUGGACUCCUACACCCCUCGUAUGCUCAAUAGCGAGGCUCAGGAGUUGAUUGAGAAGAUGCCAAGAAAGGUCGUGCAAGACAAGAAAUACGGCACAAUACCUGACAGAGUUGUUGGCUUCCCGGCAGCAAUUCUUCACGACAAGACUCCCUAUGCCAAAAGGAGAGAUUUCAUCACCAUUUAUGCCGACCGUGCCCUGCAAGACCCAUCACAGGAUGAAGUUGGCAUUGACAUAUCGAACGUGGAGCAGUUGGUCGAGAUGGGCCAGACACGGACCAUAGCUCACUGCAUACGUGCACUUGCUCAGGCGGAGGAUGAUGAAGGUGUUCAUCUCAAGUCUGCCUUGACAGUCAUCGAGGCCAAUAUUGCCUUGGAGAAAGCCAUUCCGAAGGAUCUGCCUGGAGGUGACUUUGUGGCAGUUCGGCGAUUUGAGCUGGGCGCAGCAGUCAAUCGAAUCCGGGAAUUGAUGUCACGAGCAGGAGGGGUGGAGGCUCAGACGGGAGAAGGACCAAAGAAGAAGGCACGCAUGGACAAUUGAUCAACGGCAAAGAGGCUUAGAUGUGCUUGUCAAUGCCUCUCUGUAUGCUAAGGUCUGUCACUUCGACUAUCAUUUUUAAUGAUUGCAGAACAACGACAGGCUUCAAAGAGGCACAUUUGUUCACUGAGAGGACAGAGCUCGUGCCGGGAUAAAGUGUCUCGGUUGUAUUGCUUCAGUCUCUGAAAUAAUUGUGCCUUGCAACAGCUGCAAACGUGACAGAGUUCAGCAUACAGGGAGAUGGUUAGAGAGAGCCGGAAAUAAUGGCUCCAGGGGAAUUGACUUUGAAUCCUGAUGGGCGCCUGAUCCUCAGAGAUUCAAGCUUCUCCGCAUCACACUUGGCCGGUGUCUAUUUAAUCCAAACAUAGUAACACAAGGAUCAUCACAUGUUGCACG